UUGCUCAUUAUCGCUGGUUCGAGGCCGGAUGAGAUUAUAAGAUCGGAUAUUUCGUGAGUCUGUGCUCGUGAGUAAAGAGUCGAUUAGACAUUCGCUUUGGACAUUCGCCAAGUCGGUAGGCCAUGAGAUGACCGCGGUUCGAAUUCCACGUAAAUAAAGUAAACUCCGUUCAGAUUAGCCCUAGCAAUAAAAAAGAAACAAUCUUAAAUUCUUUAAAAAAAUGAAGAAGAGGGGUUAGAAGCUAUAGUUUUUAAGUUUUUAAAUUAUUGUGAAUUGUGAGAAUUAUUUAAAAUUUGUUUUAUCGUUUUAAAUUGAUUGCCAUUCAACAUGAAGCUCUUAACGCAUAAUAUGCUGACUUCUAAGUGUAUACGAGGAGUAAAUGUCGGCUACCCCUUGUCUAUUAAUGCUUCCGAUGUGAGGGUCGCCGACGUAGACUUUAAUCCUGAUUUUAUAUCGCGAAUGAUCCCGAAAAUUGACUGGCCUGUGCUUUAUAAUGCAGUAGAAAGAUUGGGACAUGUAGAGGACUUACCUAAAGAGACUCCAGUAAAUUAUGAAAGCAAUGAGGAUUUUUUAAAAAAGGCACAUCAUGCAUUACUUGAGGUUGAAAUAAUUCAUGGUGAGCUAGUGUGUCCUGAAAGUGGCAGAAAAUUCCCUAUAAAUAACGGUAUACCAAAUAUGCUUUUAAAUGAAGAUGAAAUAUAAAAAAUAGUUAUAUGUUAGUAAAAAUUUGGUACAAAACUUAAUUUUUAAAUUUAAGAAAUUAUAUAUUCUGUAACUGAAAGAAUUUGAAAAUUCUAAUAAAAUAUUAAAAUUUUAAUAAAUACUUAUAUUCAAGGUAAAGUUCAUAUUUUUACUUGAUAAUUUCACAAAGUUGAUAGUAUAUAUAAUUACUUAUAUAAACUACCUUUUUUUACCUAAAAUUAUAUAUUUAGUUAAGCAAUAAAACAUAAAUAUACAUUUUAGUAUUUUUAUUAAGAUAGACAGAUAAUAUAGCAAUGUAAUUCAUGGUCUAAAUGGUAUUUUCAACAAGCUAUUUAGGUACAUAUAUUAAAAUCAAUACACAGGUACUUAAUAAUACUUUUUUUUACUACAUUAAUAGAGAUCAAUAACAUUUAGAAAAAUAUGAUAAAACAUAUAUGUUGUAUUUAUUUUCUCUUGUAAAAUAUUUUGUAUAUUGUAUAAUAAAGUGAUUAAUGGUAACUAUAA